AUGAAUUCACAAGAUCCAAUAAUUGCACGUGUUGGUAGCAGUCUAGUAUUUCCAGCUGCUGUUAUACGUACAUCACUUACAGGAUUGAUUAUUGUAGUUAUAUCGGACGGAUCUAUGAUCAUGAUUAACUCUGAUGACAUUGUGCUUCGCACGGAUGCCAAUGGAAACAUAUUGGUGCGUCAGUCGGUAAAUAAUGCCAAUGGUAAUGAUCGUGAUAAUAUCGCGUCAACUGUUGAUGAUAAUGAAUCGGAUGAGAAUGAUACAGAUUCGGUCAUUAUUUUAAGUAGUGAUUCCGACGAUGAUGAUGAUGAUAAGGCUUCAAUUAUAUGUAUCGAUGAUGAUAUGGAUUUAUCUGAUUAG